AUUUUUCACAUGUCGAUGACGGAGGAGACUAAUGGAAUUCCGCCACAACCGCCGUCGUCGGCGGAACCAACGCCGGCGGAGUAUACAGGAAAAAUUGUCUCACCAAUUCAUACGUUCUUUGCAAUGAUAUUGUGGCUUGGCUCUGUUCACCUUAUCGCUUUGAUCAUCUUGGGUUCCUUCUUAUUGCUCCCUCUUCAUAAAUUCUUCCUGGUAUUGGGAAUGCUUGUGGUGCUUAUCGUCAUCCCAAUUGAUGAGAACAGUAAAUGGGGCGUAGCUAUGGCCAGGUACAUAUAUAAGCAUGCGGAUGGUUAUUUUCCUGCUACUCUAUAUGUUGAGGAUAUUAAAGCUUUUAAAGCUGAGCAGGCUUAUGUAUUUGGGUACGAGCCCCAUUCAGUUUGGCCAAUUGCAGCUGGGAUAUUAUCAGAUCUUACAGGCUUUAUGCCUUUUCCCAAAGUCAAGCUCCUUGCAAGUACCGCAGUGUUCUACACGCCAUUCAUGAGGCAUUUAUGGACAUGGAUGGGACUGACUGCAGCAACAAGGAAGAAUUUUUCCUCUCUUUUAAAAGCUGGAUGUAGCUGCAUAGUGAUACCGGGUGGAGUACAGGAGGCAUUUUACAUGGAGCAUGAUUCUGAGGUUGCUUUUCUAAAGGCAAGGAAAGGAUUCAUACGAAUUGCAAUGGAGACCAAUUCCCCCUUGGUUCCUGUUUUCGCCUUUGGACAGUCCUUCGUUUACAACUGGUGGAAGCCACGGGGGAAGUUCUUUCUGAAACUCUCUCGAGCUAUUAAGUUUACACCAAUCAUCUUCUGGGGUACCUUAUGGUCACCUAUACCCUUCCGGCGACCAAUUAUUGUGGUGGUUGGUAAACCAAUACAUUUCAAGAAAAAUUCUACACCCACCAUGGAAGAGGUUUCUGAGGUACAUGGUGAGUUUUUGAAAGAACUUCAAAAUCUAUUCAAUAGGCAUAAAGCGCGUGCUGGUUAUCCUGAUCUUGAGCUACGAAUUAUGUGAGUGAUCGAUCUUUACAAAUUAAAAUUGCGAGUCCAGACCAGAUAGAUUGGUAGCAGCAAGCAGGUAAAAGAAUAAAAGUUCCUAGAUGUGUAUCAAGGAACUAACAUCUAAAUAUUAUGGAAAUGAGUUGUAACUUAAUGAUGUAAAAUGUUCUACAUUUUGGUCGUUAAAUGAUUGUUAUGGCAAAAUUUAUUAG